AGUAGAUGGACAAAUUUAACCUCUCAGAAAGGAUCAACUUUCAGAGGCUGGAAUAAAUUUUGGUGUCUGUGAAGUAAAAGUAGAAGAAAAUGAUGGAUGGUGGACAGAGGACUCCAUAAAUCAUGAGUCUGAUGAGUCUUCCACCUCCUCUUGCUGCUUCUUACACAAAUACAGUUCCUAAACUCAAAAUUCACAUUCCAAACCUUGUUGUUGGACAGAGGGUCCUACCUAAUCUCCUCUCUUUGGCCCUUGCAGUAACCUUAACCACUCCUUUGCCAUCUCAUGCAAUUCCAUCUCUCAAUUCUCAAUCCCCUCCAAUCUCCCUCACCACUCCUUUUUCUCAAUCCAAGAACUUGGAGCUUGGACUAGAAAAUGGAAAAAUUAGACCUUGCCCAUCAAUCAAUCCAGGUUGCAUAUCUACAAAUCCAAAGUCAUCAUCUUUUUCGUUUCCUUGGUUGAUUCCCGCAAAUUCCUUGGAUGAUGCAAUUCAGAAACUGCGUGAAGCAAUCCUAAAGACUCAGAAAAAUGUGAAAUUCCAGCUUGCGGAAGAUACACCAGAUGGUCAAUAUCUACAAGCUGAAGUUGAUGGAGGAUUUGGUAGAGAUGUUAUUGAGUUUCUGGUGAAAGGUGAUGUGGUUUCUUACAGGUGUAUGGCAACGAAAGUAACUUAUGUGUACCCUUUCACUACUGCUUUCGGAGAUUCAAAGGGUCAAGAAGCAAGACUCAAGCAAAUUAAUGAUCAGUUGGGAUGGUAUGCUCCAAGUUUUGAUUCCAUGGAAUAGUCUUGUUUCAUGCUCUUGUUGGUGUCUAGCUGAAUGCCUUUAUUGCUCUAUUUUGCCUUAUUAUGCAAUUUCAUGGCUUUUGCAGCUUAUUAUUUUAAUGCUCAAUAGUCACAAACUCACCAUGGUAGGAACUUUUAUUUUAUCAAAUAUUCUUUUUGUUAGUUUCUAGUUCUA